AGUCCAGCUGUGGCUCUCAGCACCUCCCCGUAGUCCAGAGGGGGCAUCUCUUGGGCAGGGUCCUCCAUGGAGCUGCUCUCUGGGUCUCUCUUCCUGCUCCUUUGUGUCUGUGGCGUCUUAUUCCUGGGCUUGGGAUGGAAGGGCAAAGGCGGCAAAGGCCGUCUGCCCCCUGGACCCACCCCGCUCCCCAUCCUGGGGAAUUUUCUCCAACUGGACCCAAACAACAUGCUCAGAUCCCUGGAGAAGCUGGGCGAGGCCUACGGCUCGGUCUUCACCGUCUACCUGGGGCUGCAGCGAGUCGUGGUCUUGUGCGGCUACAAGGCGGUGAAGGAAGCCCUGGUGGACCAGGCAGAGGACUUCAGCGGCAGAGGGCAGCUGCCGUCCUUCUCCAAGGAUUUCAAUGAGCACGGGGUGGUCUUUGCCAACGGCGAUCGGUGGAGGCAGCUUCGAAGGUUCAGCCUCACCACCUUGAGGAAUUUUGGGAUGGGGAAACGGUCCAUCGAGGAGCGGAUCCAGGAGGAGGCUCAGUGCUUGGCAGAGGAGUUCCAUAAGACACAAGGGACACCCUUUGACCCCACCUUCAUCCUCAGCCGAGCUGUCUCCAACAUCAUCUGCUCCAUCGUCUUUGGGAACAGGUUCCAGUACGACGACGAGAAAUUCCUCACUUUGAACAACCUGAUCACAGAACGGUUCCGCGUGGGCAGCCUGCCCCCAUCUCAGCUGUACAAUAUUUUCCCGGAGAUCAUGGAGAAGAUCCCCGGAUCCCACCACGCGGCCAGCAAAUGUUCCCAGGGGAUCAUCCGCUUCAUAGAGGAGAGGAUCAAGAUGCAGCAGGCCUCGCUGGAUCCCUCUGACCCCCACAACUACAUUGACUGCUUCUUAGUUAAGAUGGAUCAGGAAAAGAAUAAUCCGGCUUCUGAAUUUUGCAUGGAGAAUUUGGUCAUGACCACCUUCAACUUGUUCUUCGCUGGGACGGAGACGAUCGGCACCACCCUGAGAUAUGGAUUCCUCACCAUGCUGAAGUACCCACAGAUUCAAGAAAAACUCCACGAGGAAAUCGAUCGAGUGAUUGGGAGGGACCGGAUCCCAGCUACUGAGGACAGGAACAAAAUGCCUUACACGGAGGCCGUCUUGCACGAGAUCCAGAGGUUCAGCGAUAUCCUGCCCAUGAGUCUUCCGCACGCUGCCACCAAAGACAUCAACUUCAAGGGAUACGUCAUUCCCAAGGGCACCUACAUCUAUCCUUUGCUGAGCAGCGUUCACUAUGACUCAGAAGAGCACUCCAACCCUCAAGAGUUUGACCCAGGGAGAUUCUUGGAUAGCCAAGGCUGCUUCAAGAAGGUGGAGGCGUUCAUGCCUUUCUCAGCAGGGAAGCGUAUCUGCAUGGGCGAAGGCUUGGCCCGCAUGGAGCUGUUCCUCUUCUUCACCACCAUCCUGCAGGCCUUCACCCUCCAGUCCCCUGUGCCCCCCAGCCAGAUCAGCCUCGCACCGGCGGCCGUGGGCGUUGGGAAGGUGCCCCCAAAAUACCAGCUGUCAGCGUCCUGGCGCCAACACUGAUCUCUCCCUUCCUGUGUUGCGGCGCAAGAAGAUCUUGGUUUCUCUCUCAGUACCUCUGCACUCCUGAGAGAUUGGCCAUGUAGGACAGUCCUCUAUUUGAAGGCCUGUCUGUGCAAGGAGGAGCAGCACCAUCAGAAGAAAGGAAGACAGCAGAGGCCUUGAGGUCACCCCUUUUGGGCAGCAGGCAGAGCAAGCACCCAACUCACCUGGACACAGUCCCCUUCCCUGCUAGGAUGAGAUGGGCUGCAUUUCUUUUUAAAUCAAUGGUUGCCAAGCUUUUCUGGAGGACCUCCCUCUUGGCUCCAUGAACUCAUCCCCUGUGUCCCCUGCCCUGUCAUUAGAAUAUUGGUUUGCACAACCCACUAAAGAAAGUAAUAACACAAAUUAUGCCAAUAAAGGUUGAAUGGAUGGGUGGGUGGGUGAAUAGCACAAGGGGUUUCCAAACAGCCACAAUGAAUUGCACAUUUAUUGGAAAAAAUAAACAUUUGCAAAAAUGGAUAUAUCUAAUUCCUCGCCCCCUGAAUCCGGUCAACCGAAACUCCUGGCUGGCUCGCCAAACUGUUAUAAGAAAAACAACAACUGCUCGUUUCCACUUAUGGGGUAUCCAAGAGCCCGUAUAAUAGAGUCCUUAAGUGGGUUCCUGUUACGGA